AUGUUCCAUAUCGAGGGCUUUGUGCCAAAGCUGGACCCCGAGGAGAUGAAACGGAAGAUGUACGAGGAUGGGAUCUCCUCCGUACGGCACUUCCUCAUCUACAUGGUUCUGCUACGAGUCACUCCUUUUAUCCUAAAGAAGCUGGACACAUAUGAAGGCUGGUCAUCACAUGUGAAUGCACGAUAUGAAGAACCUGAUUACAGUUUCUCCUUCUGUCUGCAAAUGAGUAGGCCCAGAAAGAUGUAG